AUGCCAGUGAAAAGAGUUGCAGUGAUUGGAGCUGGGGUCAGUGAUAUAAGUGCCAUUAAGUGCUGUUUAGAAGAAGGACUAGAACCUACCUGCUUUGAAGGAAGCAAUGACAUUGGAGGACUCUGGAGAUACCAGGAAAAAGCAGAAGCAGGGAGACCCGGUAUUUAGAGAUCUCUGACCUGCAAUACAUCUAAGGAGAUGACAGCCUUCAGUGAUUAUCCUUUUCCUGAUAAUUAUCCCAAUUACUUGCACAAUUCCAAAAUGAUGGAAUACUUACAAAUGUACAUCAAGCAUUUUGAACUUCUGAAGCAUAUUCGUUUCCUGUCAAAGGUAUGCAGUGUAAGGAAGCGCUAUGAUUUCUCUUCCACUGGCCAGUGGGAUGUUGUGGUAGAUGCUGAUGGGAAGCAGGAAUUCUACAUCUUUGAUGCCAUCAUGGUUUGCAGUGGCCAUUACCCUAAUUUGCCACUAAAAGACUUCCCAGGAUUGAACAAAUUACCUUCACAGAAAGGUAUGAUGGCAGACAUUAAACGGACCAGAGCCAAGCUAAACAAACAGUUUUUGCAAAGCCCACGUGAUACUAGUCGAGUACCAUAUGUUGAAUACAUGGAUGAAAUUGCUUCUGAAAUCGGUGUCAAACCAAAUGUGUUUUCUCUCUUUCUCAGUGAUCCCAAGCUGGCCUUGGAAGUUUUCUUUGGUCCCUGCACCCCAUACCAGUACCGCCUGCAGGGACCUGGGAAAUGGGCUGGGGCGAGGGCAGCCAUCCUCACUGAAAGGGAACGAAUUAUCAAACCUAUGAGGACACGGGUUCUCAACUGUAACCAGCCUCCAUCCUCUAAGUUGUCUUGGCUGUUAAAAGUCUGCCUUAGCCUAGCUUUAUUUUUCUUUAUUUUAGUAAUUAGUAAAUAG